AAAUACGUGCGAGGCAGAGGAGAGGAGUUGUGCACGGGGCACCUAUCCAAAGAAGCUUCUGGGUCGUACACAAAGUCUUUGCUCAAAACCAACAUUGAAGUAUUGAAAGGCUGAUUAAACAACCCCCUCAGGAUUUUACAGCGCCUUAAUUCACUUUCUUUCCCUUCCCUUUUCUCUAUUUCUGAGAUUUCCUCUGCAACAAGUUUCUCUGGUUUCCUUUUGCAAAUUCAGCUUCUGGGUCUGCAAUGUCUUCUCCUGCCGAGUAUUACCAGUCACUUCCUCCCAUAAGCAAGGCUUAUGGGACUCUUUGUCUAUUGGCAACUACUGUCGUUCAAUUAGGGCUUUGUGAUUAUGCAAGUAUCGCAUUAAUACAUCAACUUGUAUUUUCACGUUUUCAGGUGUGGAGGCUCAUUACAAACUUCUUUUUCCUUGGAAAUUUUUCUAUUAAUUUUGGAAUCCGUCUCUUAAUGAUAGCAAGAUAUGGAGUUCAACUAGAAAGAGGGCCAUUUGAUCGUCGGACGGCAGAUUUCUUGUGGAUGAUGAUAUUUGGAGCAUUGACAUUAUUGGUAUUUUCUGUCAUUCCCAUAUUUCGAUUUCCUUUCUUAGGGAUAUCUCUUGUCUUCAUGCUUCUCUAUGUAUGGAGUAGAGAAUUUCCAAAUGCCAUCAUCAACAUUUAUGGCCUCGUGUCACUUAAGGCAUUUUAUCUCCCAUGGGCAAUGUUCGCUUUAGAUGUCAUUUUUGGUUCACCCGUUCUGCCAGAUCUGCUGGGAAUCAUUGCUGGACAUCUAUAUUACUUUUUGACUGUAUUACAUCCACUAGCAGGUGGGAAGAACAUAUUGAAGACGCCUAUGUGGGUACAAAAAAUUGUUGCAAGGUGGAGGAUAGGAGCUCCUCAGCCUCGGCCAACUAGCCGUGCUCAAUCCCAACCCGAGAGGAGUACAGAAAACAGGGCUUUCAGAGGAAGGUCAUAUCGGCUUGAUGGAUAAUUCGGCCACUCCUAGAGGGGCUAAAACAUCUCUAAUCGUUUUUGUGGUUGAUGCAACUAACAAGUAGAGUGAAUGUCUUAUUGUCAAGUAAAUUUUUCGUGAACAGAUCGUGGACUAACUGUUGGAAUCGAGAAAAGUGGUUCUUUUUUGUUUUUGGGAUUUUUGUUCCCUUGAAUAUUUUCCAUUGCUUUUCUGAAGGAUUGUUAAGUUGUGGAGAUGUUGGCCAGGGAGGAAAUCUAUGCCAGAGAUGAUUGUAGUUGAUGAGAAGUUGCGGUUUUAUAAUUGUAUUAAAGCGUUGGUAAGGAAGUUUUUCUGAUUUUUAUUAUCUCAAACUGUUCUAAACAUAUUAAUCGCAGGAAAUGUUGAUUGGUCUU